UGCGGAGGCGGGCGCGCGGCGGGCGCGGCGCGGGCGCGUGCGGGGCGGGGCGCGGCGGCGGGGCGCGGCGGCGGCAUGGCGGAGAGCGAGGCCGAGACCCCCAGCACCCCGGGGGAGUUCGAGAGCAAGUACUUCGAGUUCCACGGCGUGCGGCUGCCGCCCUUCUGCCGCGGGAAGAUGGAGGAGAUCGCCAACUUCCCGGUGCGGCCCAGCGACGUGUGGAUCGUCACCUACCCCAAGUCCGGCACGAGCCUCCUGCAGGAGGUGGUCUACCUGGUGAGCCAGGGCGCCGACCCCGACGAGAUCGGCCUGAUGAACAUCGACGAGCAGCUCCCGGUCCUGGAGUACCCGCAGCCCGGCCUGGACAUCAUCAAGGAACUGACAUCCCCCCGCCUCAUCAAGAGCCACCUGCCCUACCGCUUCCUGCCCUCUGACCUCCACAACGGGGACUCCAAGGUCAUCUACAUGGCUCGAAACCCCAAGGAUCUGGUGGUGUCCUAUUACCAGUUCCACCGCUCCCUGCGGACCAUGAGCUACCGCGGCACCUUCCAAGAGUUCUGCCGGAGGUUUAUGAACGACAAGUUGGGCUACGGCUCCUGGUUUGAGCACGUGCAGGAAUUCUGGGAGCAUCGCCUGGACUCGAACGUGCUUUUCCUCAAGUACGAAGACAUGCACCGGGACCUGGUGACGAUGGUGGAGCAGCUGGCCAGGUUCCUGGGGGUGUCCUGUGACAAGGCCCAGCUGGAGUCCCUGAUCGAGCACUGCCACCAGCUGGUGGACCAGUGCUGCAACGCCGAGGCCCUGCCUGUGGGCCGAGGAAGAGUUGGGCUGUGGAAGGACAUCUUCACCGUCUCUAUGAACGAGAAGUUUGACUUAGUGUACAAGCAGAAGAUGGGAAAGUGCGACCUCACCUUUGACUUUUAUUUGUAAUAACAGAAACAGCAAACCUGCAUGCUUACAAUACCCAGGCACCCUACUAGCCCGAGUCCUGUAUGCAUUCAUUUAUUACUUGCCGGACAAACUCUGGGAGCAGCGUGUGAAACGGUGGGGGGAGGACGCGGCGGAGAAAUCGGAGGAAGUGCGAUUAUUUCCGGUCCAGAGCAGCUGUCUGCCUUUACACUUCGAAGUCUCUACAUGUCUGAUUACACAUUAUACAAAUUGCAGUUCUGACAGCCUGUAUCAUAAGUAUAAAGUCUGUAACAUAUGCAACUAGAAUGUCUACCUUUUCAACCCCAUAUUAUUUAUUGUAUUUUAUAGAGCUUUUCACUGGAAAUCUAAAUAAAUGUCAGUAAACCAAAUAAAAGUUCAUUUCCAAGGGGAAUUGAGAGUGAGCCACACCCAAAUGGUAGAAAGAUCUCAGGGUUAACUCUUUAUUUUUGUAGUUUAUUAUCUAAGGCGCAGCCAUUCCGUUCUCACUUCCUUCUGAGACAAAGGUGAGAGCAAGCGUGAGCUGGGGUGUGGGGGGUGGACACUGGACACUCGUUUGUUCUGGUGGAGUUGAGCUCUUUGGAACCUUCCUGAAAUAAAGCAGAAACGUCACUAGGUCAUUUUCAGAACGGACGCCCCUCUGCACGACACUUUAGCGGGCAGCUAGCUCUGCAGGCCCCGCAAGGAGGAACCCGGGCGUUCGAGGUGGGAAGCCGGCAGAGGGGUGUCUGGUGCAGCCAGCGCUAUUUGAAGACAGUGAGUGGAGAGGCAGCCACACAAAGACUGAAAUGCACUCGGAAUUUGAGUUCAAUUCCACGGUCUGACUUUUGUUCUCUGAAGCAGUAACCUACUUAAUGCUGGCAAGCAGAUGCCUAAUAGCAAAUUUCUAAAAAUCCCGAGUCUUCAUCAUCCCGUUUGUCGCGUCUGCACCAGAGGGUCUCAGCCGGGGCAGAGCCAUUCUGCAGGUUCAACGCCCCUUUCCCUCCCUUUGUCCCUGUACCUGAGGGAGUAAAGGGCAUCGUUACUGCCUCACCACCUGCUUAAUUUCAUGGCUGGAGAGGUGAUGGAGAGAUGGCCCGAAGAGGCGUGGGGCCGCAGCCAGCGCGGGUGCAGAUUGCCACCGCGUGGGGCCAGCUUGUCGGUUACCCGUGUGGCUGGGAGUGACGCAUGGCGGUCAGAGGGGCGCUGCGGGGCUGUCUGCGAAGCGGGUGCAGACGGAGGCUGGCGUGCGCGUCUGUAGAGGGAAGGGCUGGGGCGGGCAGGUGGCGCAUGGCAUCGCGUGCUGGGCUUGACAGCACCUUUCCCGUGUAUCUGUGAGGGGGGCUGCUCUCUGUGAAAUUUCAUUUCUAUUUUUCUAUUUUUAGUACUGUAUGGAUGUUACUGAGCACUACACAUGAUACUUCUGUGCUUGCUUGAUCUUUAAUAAAGACGUGUUCCCUGCA